AUGACGCGCGAAACGAACUCGUCUGACGUUGAGGGCGAGAAAUUCUUCAUUUCUACACUGUCCGAGAACAAGAAGUCAACCUUUAUUCCCAUUCGAGUGAUCACUCAUAACAUUCGUUAUGCAACUGAAUCUCCAUUCAAAGGAGAGGAACUUUGGUCAAUUCGCUCUCCUCGAAUGUGCUCUGAACUCGUAUUUAAUUCCACUAAGCCCGAGACUUUUAUCUGUCUCCAGGAAGCUCUUCAUUCUCAGCUUAUCGACAUCCAGAAUGCUCUAAAUGAAGGUCCUGGGAGUGAAUGGUCUCACCUUGGUGUUGGAAGAGAUGAUGGCAAAGAAGCUGGAGAAUACUCCCCCAUCCUUUAUCGUCCAGCUGUGUGGGACCUUGUUCUUUACAAAACAUUUUGGCUCAGCGAGACUCCAGACUAUCCUUCCUUUGGUUGGGAUGCUGGUUGUAUCAGACUAGUGACAUUAGGUAUAUUUAGGCAUCGGGUGGAGAAUGAAACUGUCGUUAUCAUGAGUACUCAUUUAGAUAAUGCUGGCCCCAUUUCUCGACAAAAGAGUGCAGAAUUAAUUUUAGAAAAGGUCAAUCACUACAAAAACCUUUACACGCCUGCUGCACUUCUUCUGGCAGGGGAUUUCAACAGUCCUCCGGAUGAUGAAGCUUAUAAGACAAUGACAUCCUCAAGUUCGAGUAUGUUAGACGUCCGAGAUCUUGUCCUCGAGGGAAAACGGCAUGGAAAUGAGAUGACAUUCACAUCGUUUGGAUAUGUGGAUAACACACCAACUCGGAUCGAUUUCAUUUUCUCUGCUAAAGAAACAACGGUCGAAUACGGAACUUAUGCGGUGCUAAGCAAUCGUUAUGAUGAUGGAGUGUAUCUCUCGGAUCAUAGAGCUGUUGUAGCUGAUAUUGAAGUGUUUCCGACUGAGAGGGGCGAAUUAAAUAUGGGAUAG